AUCGAAAGUUUAAACCUUGACCAUCAUGACCUCCUCAUCCUCCACACCCCGUACCAUAACCCAGUCUUUGCUACGGCGAACGCAACAAGUCUAUGUUGAGAUACCUCCCUCUCCUUUUCAUACUUCUCGCCCUUCAGCGACCUCGCCAAACCCUCCCUUAUCACCGACCAGGAGCAAUAUGCCACAAGCGCCAGACGCGACAACAAGGAAACGAAAGUUAUCGAACGCUCAGUUACCGAAUACAAAGAAGCAAAAACUGGAACUGAAGUCUCGUCCCCAAAAAGAAAACGCGUUAGGUCCUGCGAAUGAAUGCACAACAACCAGUCAAGGAACGGCCACAUAUUGCCACCAAUGCGGGAAGAAAAGAGAAUUUUCCGAACUCGUUUUCUGUACUGCUACACACACACUUGUCAAAUCGGGCAAGGAGCGACGUUGCGCAGCUAAAUAUUGCCUCCCAUGCAUCAGGAACCGUUAUUCACAAGACUUUGAGAGUACUCAGGCUGCGGAGCAACGAGUCCAAAAGGUGUCUCCGAAAUAUAUUUGUCCAAAGUGUCGCGACCUUUGUAACUGCUCUAUUUGUAGGAAAGCGAAAGGACUGGAACCGUUAGGCAAACAGCCUUCCCGUCCUAAUGUCCAAACCAAUGGCAAGAAACCGGUCCCCAAUACGAAGCUUUCGACGAAAUCUUCCGUGUCGGCUUUCAGGUCAGACCCAGCUCAACCCGAGCCAUUCACGAAACCUCCAUCCAAACCACUUCCAAAGGUUCGAUGGCAAAGCUUGCCAGUGAACCUCUCUCUUGAAGAAGUUGAAGCUCGUAUGCAAAUCCGCGAAUUUGUACUCCGUUUUGAAAGGACAGUUGGCCGGAAUAUUGGGAAAGGCAAUCUUGAGGAGCUAGAAUGUAUUACAGGGAAUAAUGUCGAAGAUACAACUAAUUGGGUCAGUGAAGGUUGUGUAAAAGCGGUGAUCUUGGGCUUGCUUGGCACACUUGCCGAUGAGGAGGACGGUGCUGCUGCUAGGGUGAUCCAAAAGACCAUGAAAGAGAUUCGUUCGUCAGGUAUCAAUCUGACCAAGAUUUGGACCUUCCUGGCAUCUCUACGGGACUCGUUAUGCGCUCCUGCGAAUGUCAACCAGUCCGUACACAGUGGCAACUCCGAAUCCUCCGAAGGUAGAAUCAUCAUCGAAUUUCCCGACCCACUUCCUCCCACCAAGGGCAUCGUAACCAACUACAAUACUCGAAGUAGCCGCUCCGCCAGCAACAAAGACACUUCGCCCGGAGUUAUUAUCGUGAACUCCUCACAGCUAGUUCCAGUGAUAAUUGGCCUCUUAAACACUGUGGUUGAGUCCCAUACCAUUCGUGAAGAGUUGGAAGAAGGAAUAAAACGCAGUAAAGAGGUGACACGUGAAGUACGCGAAGGAAUAAAGAGGGAACAUGAGAGAUGGGAGCAGCUGAAGCAAAUUCAUGCCACAUUACCCUCCGAGAUUAUUAUCGCGAAAGUCGGGGAGGACCGGCACGCGCACAAGAAGAAUAUACAAGGUUUGGAAAACUCUCUCAAAGUCGUCUUGGUUUCCUGUUUGCCCCGUUUUUCACCACUCGGGACUGACCACGAUGGCCGCGUGUUCUGGGCAAUGUCGCCGGGAAUUCGCGACAGGGAGUUCGCUGCGAGCGUGAUCACCGCAGCGACUGCCGAAUCCUCAAAGCGCAGGAAACCGAUGCGACGCCCCAAAUCCAACGAGGAGAUAGCGUCUUUCAAAUGCUGGUCGUGGUUCGUUGCGGUAUGGGGCCAACGACCUUUGCUAGGCGGGGUCAACGAGACAGAAUCUGACUCGGAUGAAAACAAAGAAGGAUGGUGGGUGUUUUGGGAACCUGAAGAGAUCAGAAAGCUCUCCAGUUGGAUAACCAUUCGGAACGGGCUCGAUGUGAAACCUGGAGAUUGUGAUGGAGCCAGGAGCAAACAGCAGCUUAGAAACCUUGUCAAGAACUUGCAGGAAUAUUCAACCACACUGGAAUGGAGAUGUAACGGAGGGGAAGAAAUGCUCUAG